AUGACAAAUGCUAGAAGUUUUUUAAGAGAGAUUGGAAAUGAGCAAUGGAUACCUGAUGACUUUGGAUGUUCAAAUAUUUCGUUAUGGACGAAUUAUGGAAUUCAGCCUGUUUUAGUGAGAUCGGGUGAAGUUGUGUGGUAUUAUAGUUUUGUGGUUUUUGAGAAUAUUGGAAAGAGCUAUGAUGUUUGCACGAAAGUGAGAAGAUGGAAAGAAUCUCUGCAAUUAUCAUGUGAUGCUCUGUUUUGUGACUUUAAUGGAACUACAGACUUGGUAACGUUUAUUGAAAGAGAGACAAAUUUUUCAACAACAAUAUACGAUUGGAUCAAUUAUUGUCAAUAUUGUACGAAUGAUAGAACCCUGAGAUCCUACAAACAACAGAAUUCAUACAGUCCAAGUAACUUGAAAACAUGUAUUUCAAAAGAUGAAAAAGACAUGUAUCAAGCGAAAGAAAAUACUCAACGGAGUGACGAUAUCAAGUGUGGUAUUAAGCGAGUUUGUACUAACUUUGCAGGUAUAUUUGAAGUCGCCUACGCAACAAGUACUACAUCUACCGUCAUUGGUAAUAUGGGAAUUGCUAUGGUUUUUGCAAGUCUCUUUACGUGGGUGUUGAGAUGGGUAUCAUUGGUGUUGCUUAUCAAGACCAAACGUACCAGAAUGGUCAUAAUACUAUACAGUCUAUUAGCAAUUUUGUUCAUUUUGGUUGGAAUUGCUCUGCCAAUUGUCAUGACAAUACUUGGAGACUUGAAAUCGAUUGUUCACUUUUUCUCCUACUACUCAGCUGCAAUGUCUGCAGGGACUGUAUUCUUAUUCGUCAUUUCAUCAGCAUGGAUUUAUUGGGCAAUGAAGCAAAUUUCAGAUGUGGACAUUUUCAACUCUUCCGUAAGUAACUGUUUUCGUUGUGACUCAAUUAUUUACUUUUUGGCCAUAUCGAAUUCUCUAAUAGUUUUUGAAAUUUGUAGGGUUGUUUGCCGUGUCUUGUUUCCUAUUUUCUUUCUGUUAUAUGGUUAUAUCGACAGUACCAGGUGGUUUUUCAAUGGAUUAAUUGCUGGUGUUAUUAACAUUGCCAUUCAUUCUUCGCUUGUCGCCAUCUCAAACGGGUUAACGUACUCUGAAUUUGAUAAGGAAGAUUUUUAUGAAUGCUUGAAUUAUUUAAUUUGCAGAAAAGCCAAACAUGAAAAAGGACAAAUAGAGAGCACACCAAUGUCAGCAAAUUCUGAUCCAAAUUCUUCCUAUUACUCACAAUUAUUAACCUCUGAACAUGAAAAAUAA